AUGGCAUCAGCUCAGGUUAAGCCUAGUUCGCGUAGGCAGGAGGUCGCCGAAGCUGGACGGCGUAAGCUUGAGCAGUUCCGGAAGCAAAAAGCAGCAGAACGAGCCAAAAAGGCAUCGCAGAGUAGCAGCACACAGCCUGUUGAUAACAGCGUUUCAGAUUCAGAUGGAGCUGUUGUAUCCAUGUCUAAUGGACCUCUCAGUCAAUCUGCUGAAACUCAUCAAGUUCCCUCGAAUGAAACCCAUACCGAAUCCUCAUUUUCUGGAGAUGUAUAUAAUUUAUCGUUUUCGAAUAUAGCUUCGAAUGAUGGAAGCAGAGAAACAAGUAGAAAAGAUGAUGGUCAGAAGUCAGUGGGCACAGUCGAUUUUUCUAGUAGCUUAGAGUUGAUAGGUUCUUCAAAGAACUUAACGGUGAAUAAUAGGCCUCACGUUGUACCUUAUAGCAAUAUAGACAUGCAAGCUAGUGGGAAUUUCGAUCGUGCUUCUACUUUAAGAGAAAGUGAUGGUGCUCCUAAAGGCACUUCUUUUUUUUCUGGAAGCACUCUCCAAUCGACUUCGAUGCAAAUGGACGGUUUCAUUCAUGGCAGUGGAUUAAUCUCAUCUAGAAAAGACUCUCUACAACCUACUACCAGGAUGGCUGGGUCUAUUCACGAAGUUGCUAAAAGCCAACAGGGAAGUGGUGAACUCAGAGGAGGCAGCAUUGUGCAGAAGCCAACUAUGUCUAGCAGUUAUUUGUUUAGCUCUCCGGACACAUCAUCUCAACCUUCUUAUGAAUCUUCAGAUUUCAGUGUAAAUAACACAAGCUCAUCGCCAUUUCACUCAGCUAAAAAUGAAGCAAAUGUGAAGAGAUCUCGUCCUUCUUUCCUUGAUUCACUUAAUAUUUCAAGAGCUCCAGAGACUCAAUAUGAACACCCUGAGAUUGAGGCGGAUUUGGUUACAUCAAGUGGUUCUCAAUUAAAUGGCAGUGAUGAUUUUGGACAAUCUUCACUCCAAUAUAUAUCAGGGAAAAGAGACAGUAAUGGACCGUCAUUGAUAAGCGGAGCAUCUGUUUCUCCUUAUCCAUUUGAAAAUUUCAGGAGUCCUUUGUACCCUGUUGCCAAUGGAGUAAGGCCAGGUUUCACUGAUUACUCCAUGCCAAAACAAAAUGAUGAUUUUAGUACUCUCGAACAGCAUAUUGAGGAUUUAACACAAGAAAAGUUUUCACUGCAAAGGGAUCUUGAUGCUUCACGUUCUCUGGCCGAAUCCUUAGCAUCUGAGAAUUCUUCGAUGACAGACACUUAUAACCAGCAGAGAAGUAUUGUCAACCAACUAAAAGAUGACAUGGAGAAGCUACAUCAACAGAUCCAAGAUCAAAUGGGGGAACUCGAGUCUUUCAGGAUUGAGUAUGCAAAUGCGCAGCUAGAAUGUAAUGCUGCUGACGAGCGUUCCCAAAUACUGGCUGCUGAAGUCAUCAGCUUGGAAGAUAAGGCUCUCAGACUCAGAUCUAAUGAGUUAAAGCUGGAGAGAGAACUGGAGAAUGCACAAGCAGAAAUGUCUUCUUACAAGAGAAAAUUACAGAGCCUAGAGAAAGAUCGUCAAGACUUACAAUCUACUAUUAAAGCUCUUCAGGAAGAGAAGAAGGUCCUACAAACUAUGGUGCAGAAGGCUUCCUCUGGGGCAAAAUCCACUGAUCUCGGUAAAAGCUCCACGAGCAGAAAAAACGUAUCAACCUCUACAGAAAGUCUCGCAAUCUCAGAUACCAUGCCAGAGAGCUCCAACCGGGAAACAGACUCUACUGCUCUGCUUGAAAGUGAUUCAUCUAAUACAGCUAUCAUUCCUGAAACUGGACAAUUAACUCUUGAAGGCUUUUCAUUGAGCGUCCCAGCUGAUCAGAUGAGAAUGAUUCAUAACAUUAAUACACUCAUUGCUGAGUUGGCAAUUGAAAAAGAGGAACUGGUGCAAGCAUUGUCAUCUGAGUUAUCCCGAAGUGCGCAUGUGAAGGAGCUGAACAAAGAGUUAUCCAGAAAACUUGAAGUGCAGACACAAAGGUUAGAACUUCUAACAGCGCAAAAUAUGGCCAUAGACAACGUUUCACCUGAAAAGCAGACGGAUUCUCAUGUUGUUCAAGAGAGAGCGCCGAUUGCAGACGAGGGCGAUGAGGUGGUAGAAAGGGUUCUAGGAUGGAUCAUGAAGAUGUUCCCAGGAGGGCCAGCGAAAAGAAGAACAAGCAAGCUUCUCUAA